GAGCCAUUGUUUUCGUUUCAUCAGAAAGACGAUCAAGCAGAAAUGAUAAGGUGAUGGUGUGUUGUGUGUGUGUGCUUCUGCUGAUCUGCUGGCCUCAGGUGUGCCACGGCCAACAGGUGUGUGAUUCCCCCCUCAGGCUGCAGCUGCUGAAGGCGCCUCCGACACGGGGCUGGGUGAAGAGCCGAGACCUGAACCGUCAAUCACUCUCCUCCUGGCAGUGGACGAAAACUGUAGUCAAGAACAGGAUUCCGGAGGUGAUUUACGAGGCUGUGUGUGACUCUGCCUACUGUGACUAUCCCCAUGGCGACUGGGACACUCAUGAGAGUCUGAACGCAGUGCCUGUGCACCAGGUGAUGCUGGUGCUCCAUGCCGAGAGAGGGCAGCCCAGGAGCUACACGGCCCAGUACAGACGCGUGGCUGUGGGCUGCACCUGCAUGUGGGCCAAGAUGGCUUAA